GACGUGAACCGCGGAAGUAAACAUAAAGAGGCUGAAGAUUUGGAGCUGCGUCACAAAGUUCGGAGUUUUCUGUCCGGAGUUCGGUGCGCUGUGUUCGGCUUAGAGAUCUGCAGAGACCCGCUGUUAGGAACAACAUGUCGGUGACGGUGAAGGCUUACCUGUUAGGGAAGGACGAGGCGGUGAAGGAGGUCCGCAGGUUCACGGUGGACCAGGAGGUGAGCAGCAGCUUCGAAUACCUGAGCAAGAAAACCGAAGGUGUGUUCACCUGUCUGAGGAGCGGCGCCUUCAACAUGUACUACAGAGGUAAGACAUGAUCAACCAUCAACAACAACAACAGGGGGAUACAGUAAAAAUCAAUACAAUUAAUAACAGGGGAGAUACAGUAAUCAGCAAUAUAAUCAAUAAUAUGACUUCUGAAGAUCUACAGGGGAAAUAUAAGAGGAAAUAAUCAUCAAUAUAAUCAAUAACAUUUUGUCAUAGAGGCUUUAAUAAAGUCAUAAUCAAUAAAAUACUUUGAUUUAACAUGUUUAAGUGAAGUGAGCUGUUUAAAAAACUGAUUCUGGGUCUGAUAAUGAGGUCCACUGUUAUAACCACACAUCUAUAACACAAACCAACUCUUUAAAGAAUCAAUAUGAUCAAUACAGGUAUUAAUAUAAUCACUACUGUGUUAAUAUAAGCUUUAAUAUAAAGCAGUUUGGUUUUAUAAAUAAAGCAAAUACUUAAGAGAAGAACUCACCAUGUUAGUAAACAGAAGAUGGACAGAUUGUUUUUAUGCACUCACUCACUCACUCACUCACUCACUCACUCACUCACUCACUCACCUGAAACAUGAGCAUGCUCAGUUCAGACCCUGUUCUUCGGUCAGACAGACUCUAACACCUGUAUUUGUUCAGCUCAGUAAACACAGUUUUGCUCCUCCGACUGUCUGACCAAUCAUGUUUUGACUCCUGAUCAUGUGACAGCUGCUGCUUCAUAACAAAGUCAUGUGGUUUUUUUCUUUCCUCUUCUUUUUGAUUUUGGACUUUCCUACAUUCCUGCUCCUUUCUUCACUCUGUAAAAACAUUUUUUUAAAAUUCUGAUCUUUAUUAGAGUUUCUUGUUGAGCUGACUGCACAGGUAUCACACAGGAGUUUUACAUGGAGCUGCACAGAUGGAAAUACACGUCUGUGUGUUACAAACAUAUCACACAGUGACAUAAUCAGUGUUAAAUGAGAAGACUCAGAGGUUUUGUGAGACGGUGUUGGUAACUGAUCAGCAGUUAUCUCACUGCUGUUUAGAUUACUGAUUAUUACUUAGAUGACUGUAUCCUUUUACAUUAGGCAGCCAACCGUGGAGCCAAAGCUGUGAACCGUGCAGCUUUCAACUUUAUAAAAAACACUGAAAUUCAAAGUGUUGCUUUUUUAUGUCAUCCAAAAUCAAAUAAAGGUGUCAGCAACAAAAAAGAGGAUUUUAAAAUGUAAUCCUUCCUCACAGGAGCUCCAAAGUUUCUACGUAGACAUUAUACGUGAACAUCAGGCACAGCUGAGAAACUUUAGUGAACGGUUUUUCUAAAAAGUGUUUUAAUAAAGUCUUAACGAACACGUCACAGCUGAUUGGUCUAAAAUCUCUGACACGCUCUGUAACAACAAACAAAAGACGCCCUGCCUGUUUAUUAACAGUAAAAACAUGUGAUCACAUGAUGAUGAUGAUGAAGAUUGUGAUGACGAAGAUGGCUCUGUGUUUCAGAUGAAGAUGGAGACCUGGUGGCGUUUUCCUCUGAUGAUGAACUGAUGAUGGGUUUGGCCUGUAUGAAGGACGCCACCUUCCGCCUCUUCCUCAAAGGUACAAAUGAACGAGCUCACCUGGUCCAUAGACACUCAUGUGUUCAUUCAAUGGAGGCUUUUAUUCUGUUUGUUUGAUUUGUGUUAAUAAAGUUUUGUUGGUUUGGUUACAGAGAAGAAGGAGCACCGCCGGGACUUCCCUCUUCAUGCUUUCCCUCCUUUUGCCUUCGGCCACCCUCCCCCUCCUCCUCCACCCGGGGCGCCUCAUGCUCCGCCCCCUCACAUGACCCCGCCCCCUGCCCUGCACCCUAAUGUCACCUGUGACGGCUGCGAGGGCCCCGUGGUCGGGACUCGCUUCAAGUGUACCGUGUGUCCCAACUACGACCUGUGCUCCACCUGCCAGUCUCGAGGGACGCACACUGAGCAUGCUCUGCUGCCCAUCUGGCACCCCCUGCAGGUGAGAGGCGUCUAAUACAACUUCUAUGUCCCCUCUACCCGCCACCAUGACUUAGACCACGAUUUAACUAACACCACCACCAGAACCAAAACGACCACUUUGGCCGAUCACUGAACAUCUUACUCAGGAUGUCCUGAUACGAUACUGAUAUCAGCCAAAAAACAAAUAUCGGGUUAUAUCAGCUUAAAAUCGCCGACAUCAGCACUCCGAUCGAAGUAGUUCAGUCCAGAUUCCACUCCGGCAACUCGAGCUAGCAGGGCCCAACUGUCCUUUCCAAAAGAGUCAUACCUCCAACUUCCACCUUCAUCCUGAACGUCUACUAAAAGCUCGUAUCCUCCGAUCAUAGCUCGACUGUAGGGGGUUUUCACUUCAGAUUUCGCCCUGCUCCCUGACUGUCAGGUGCUUGGAAUCCUGUUCUCUAUAUGCCCCCUAUUAUGACUGUCAGGUGUCAUUAGCCAUGCUUUUUGAUUGCCAGGAAACUAAGCCCUUUUCUUCGUCUGUCAGGUGUUUUUAGCGCUGCUCUUUGUCUGUCAGGUGUUUUUAGCCCUGCUCUUCGUCUGUCAGGUGUUUUUAGCCCUUCUCUUCGUCUGUCAGGUGUUUUUAGCCCUGCUCUUCGUCUGUCAGGUGUUUUUAGCCCUUCUCUUCGUCUGUCAGGUGUUUUUAGCCCUGCUCUUCGUCUGUCAGGUGUCAUUAGCCCUGCUCUUCGUCUGUCAGGUGUCAUUAGCCCUGCUCUUUGUCUGUCAGGUGUUUUUAGCCCUGCUCUUCGUCUGUCAGGUGUUUUUAGCGCUGCUCUUUGUCUGUCAGGUGUUUAUCGCCCUGCUCUCUGACUGUCAGGUUGUUUGUUUUCUUUCAGCAAUGGUUUCCUCGAGGACGCUGGAUGAAGAAGAUGAGACACUGCAUGUGGAACCAAAACAUGAACAUGAACCAACCUCAGAACCAGGAUCAGGAUCAGGACCAAGAGCAGCCUGGAUCCUCCAGACCUGCUGCUGACGGCAGCGCCCCCUCUGGUAGGUCUAAAGAUCUGAACAGCUAAGAGGUGAUUAAUGAAUCGUCAGUUUAACGAACAAAGACCGUCUUAAAGGGACAGUUCAGUUUUUUUUAAUGUGGUAGUAGGAGGAUCUCGUCUGUCCUCGUUGAUAUGACCUUUGACCUAUUUUAUGACACCAUCACUGACCUCUGACCUCUGUCUGCAGCCUCCCAGGCUAGUGUGGAUUUCCUGAAGAACAUUGGCGAAGGUGUGGCGGCCAUGUUGAGCCCUCUUGGUGAGUGAUAAUGCUGUUAACCCUAGAUCAGAGCCUCUCUCUGAUUGGCUGUUAGGAGUGUUUCCAACAACUAUUCUAAUCUUAAACCAAUCAGACGACAGGAAACAGGAAGUACUGACCAUACCUGGCUUCUUUAACAUGACUUUAUAUGAUGCCUAUAAUCAGGAAGUGAUGUCAUCUAUGUGCCAGGUAUUGAUGUGGACAUUGAUGUGGAACACGAAGGCCAAAGGACCAAAGUGACUCCGCCCACUGAAGGCGGAGGGGUGGAGACUGAUGUGGAGAUGAAUGAAGCCAGCGGGGGAGGGGCCAGCAGCGAGGGCGGAGCCAGCAGCGAGGGCGGGGCCAGCAGCGAGGUUGAGGCUGCCCAGGAAGGUGCAGCCAGCAAGAAGGGCGGGGACCAUGAUGAAGGCGGAGCCAGUAAUGGGUCAAAGGUCAGUUUUUUCAUCAGCAGAGGUGCGUCAGGGAUUUUAGCGCUGGUUUGAAGUAAACUGAUGUUUAAAUUUACCUGCACAGGUGAGCAGAGACUCUGAUGAAGAGUGGACUCACCUGAGCCCCAGAGAGGUCGACCCAUCUACUGGAGAACUGCAGUCCCUCCAGGACCAGGACCCGGGGCCGCCGUCUGGACAGGAGGGUCCCACCGGUUUGAGGGAGGCGGCUCUGUACCCUCACCUGCCUCAAGGUGAGACCACCCCCUGACAUUUAAAUUUUCCCUUGAAUGUUUUAAAGGUUUGUGUUUCAGCGAACGACUAAAACCGCUCAUGAUUGAGUUUACGCACGGGUCAGCGUUCAUGUAGACCUCGUUCUGUCAGCUGGUUUAACCUUUGACCUUUAGAUCAGCUGAUCAUUGGUUCUGGAUGUCUGUAUGUGCCGAUAAAACGUCAUGAAAACGUACCGACUUACAAGCACCACUCCAAGAUGGCGGUGGUCAUUAAGCAUCUAGGCAUAUAUAUAUCUAUGUGUUUAUCUCUGUGAAUGAGCUUCCUGUUGACCUGUAAUAACCUUCGCCUUUGUUGACCUUUGACCCCCCCCAGAGGCCGACCCUCGCCUGGUGGAGUCCCUCGCUCUCAUGCUGUCGAUGGGUUUCACCGAUGAGGGCGGAUGGUUGACUCGCCUCCUUCAGGCCAAAAACUUCGACAUCGGCUCUGCGCUCGACGCCAUCCAGUACGCCAAACAGCCCCGCCCACCGCAGCCAUGAUGACGUCGUGAUGAUGUCACCUCUGAUCACAUUAUACUUACAAAUAUGAUUUGUACCGCAGAGGUUCCUGUAAUCUAUAAACCUAUCUUCAGAUUACUGUUAUCAAUAAUCACAACUUCACUCUCUGUCUUUAUUAUCAGAACUUCAUGAUCAGUCUUAUUGAUCGGUUUCUUAUUGAUCUGUUUCUGUUUCGUCAUCAUUUAUUUGUUUAUCUGAGCAAUAAAAACUUCAGCAAACUGA